UCAGAUAUAAGCAUUAGAUAGGAAAGAUAUGAUGCAAUUCUUGUCUUAGAACUGUUAGGAAGACCAGGAUUAACAGUAGAAUUCAAUCAGACCAGGUAAACAGUUCGUUAUCUCACCUGGCUAUAGUAAUCUUGAACGUCACCUCGACAUUAGUGGUAUGUCUAUAGAAGAUAAGUGUGGGCCUAUCUCAAACAGGACUUAGUGGUGAUGUGGCACAAUACCAGGUUAGAAGUCAUAUUUAUUUAACACUAUUCGAUUAAAGGAAUCAUUUUAUGUAUAUUGUGAAAGAUAUGACACAGUUUUGACGUGAUGUCACGGACUUAACCUGAUUUAUAGUAAAUUUAUAGUGUUACAAACAGAUCAUACAAUAGGACUUUAUUGUGCAGAAAUCCAGAUUCUUAUCAUCGGUUUCACCAGCAUCAUGACAUUAUAAUAACCACGACGUACAUUAUUCCAAGGUGCUAAAUUAAAACAAUGGCUAGCUUCUUCCGUCGAAAGAAAGGACUUAUAUUCAAAUUUGUGAUAGGUGUACCAAUAUUAUGGUUUGCUACAGUUUUACUUAUGACAUAUCAGGGAUCUUGGUCUCAAGACAAUCGUGUUGACACUGAAAAACGGAACAAUGAACCAGUUAUAAACGCUCAACAUGUGCCUGUGAACCGCCAUGAUGAUUUUAGAGGUCAUGAUCAGAGCAUUCACCAGGAUGAGCAGCAAAGACUAGCAAGAAAAAUGGAGCAAGAAAAAUUAAUUAAAGAACGAGAAGAGAGAGAGAAAAGAAAUAUUGAAUUAAUGGAAAAACAAAAAGUGGAAGAAAUUAAGAAUAAUCCAGUUUUGAAAUUUCGUUCAGGAGAAAGUGAAGUAGAGAGAGUCAAAGUUGACCCAAAUGCUCCAGGAGAACAAGGUAAAGCAGUAGAUAUAGAUAAAGAUAAAUUGAGCCCCGAGGAAAGGAAGAAGUAUGACGAUGGAUGGCAGAGAAAUGCCUUCAAUGAAUACGCCAGUAAUAUGAUCUCAUUACAUAGGAGUCUGCCGGAUGUCAGAGAUGAAGAGUGCAAGACCCAGAAAUACCGAGAUAAUUUACCGGACACCAGUGUUGUUGUAUGCUUCCACAAUGAGGCUUGGAGUGUUCUGUUGAGAACUGUUCACAGUAUUAUAGACAGAUCUCCACCACAUUUGUUAAAGGAAGUCAUCUUAGUAGAUGAUUUCUCAGAUAUGGAUCAUUUAAAGAAGCCUUUAGAAGAUUAUGCAGCCAAACUUAAGAAAGUGAAAGUAGUACGUACUAAACAACGUGAAGGAUUGAUACGAGCUCGGUUAUUAGGUUACUCAGCAUCUACAGGAACUGUGCUCACAUAUCUAGACUCCCAUUGUGAAUGUGCUGAAGGCUGGCUUGAACCUUUAUUAGACAGGAUAGCAGAAAAUAAAUCUAUAGUAGUUUGUCCUGUUAUUGAUGUUAUUGAAGAUUCUUCCUUCAAAUUUCAAUAUGGCAGUGCUAAAAGUACAAGUGUUGGAGGCUUUGAUUGGAAUUUACAAUUCAACUGGCACGCCAUCCCAGAACACGAACGUGAAAGGCGUCAUUAUAAGGAUUAUGCCCCUGUCAGGUCCCCCACUAUGGCAGGAGGAUUGUUUUCUAUAAGUAGAGAAUAUUUUACACAUUUAGGAACCUAUGAUCCAGGCAUGGACAUAUGGGGAGGAGAAAACCUAGAACUGUCCUUUAGGAUAUGGAUGUGUGGUGGCACAUUAGAGAUAGUUCCAUGUUCUCAUGUUGGUCACAUUUUCCGUAAAAGAUCCCCAUACAAAUGGAGGACAGGUGUCAAUGUUGUGAAGAAAAAUUCUAUACGAUUAGCUGAAGUCUGGAUGGAUGAAUACAAAAAUUAUUAUUAUGAAAGAUUUAAUUAUGAUUUAGGAGAAUAUGGUGAUGUAACAGAGAGAAAGGCAUUAAGGAAAAGUUUAAAUUGCAAAAGUUUUGAUUGGUUUGUCAAGAAUAUAUAUCCAGAUUUGUUUGUACCAGGGGAUUCUAUAGCAUCAGGGGAGAUUCGAAGUAAAGCUAAACCAAUGUGUGUUGACAGUUCAGUUGAUUCACAUAAUAUGCAUAAACCAGUCAACAUGUGGCCUUGUCAUAAUCAAGGUGGCAAUCAGUAUUGGAUGUUAAGUAAGACUGGAGAAAUAAGGAGGGAUGACGGUUGUCUUGACUUCUCCGGUGGAGAAAGUAUAAUUAUCUACCCUUGCCAUAGUCAGAAGGGGAACCAACAGUGGGAGUAUAGAGAGGACAAUACAAUAUUUCAUUCUAAUACACAGAAAUGUAUGGAGGUUUCAUUAGAUGGACAAAAAUUAUUAAUGAAAUCUUGUACUGGAAUAGAUAGACAGUUAUGGCAAUGGAAAAGAAAAAAGCAAUAACAAAUGCUGUGACUAGAAUUUUAAUGAAUUAAUCACCAUGUAAACCAGUCAUUAUCAUGGAUCAUUAACCUCCAAGGUGCAACAGUCUAUAUUCAUUCAUUUAUUUGGGUUGGCUAUAUCAUUGAGUUUGUAAAUAUCAUUUUGUUGUACAUUAGUCCCCCCUUUUAUGAGGCCAAGUAGGUGGCCUUUUGAUAAAGUGUGGUUGACAAUGGUGACUGAUAAAAUCACUGUGAUACCUCAACUAUAUACAAUGAAACUGACUUUAGAAGAGGAAUUGUCUCCCUUGAGCCACUUAAUUUUGGGGAACACUGUAUAUAUAAAUUAUCUGUUAGAUAUCAUUUACGUUAGUGGUUAAGAAAUUAUGGGUUUGAAAUCUCAGUUUAACUAUGGUUGAAGCUUAGAUAUAUAUUCAAAUAUUUUAUUAUAUUUAACUAAUCAUACAUUAAAUAAAAAAAAUCAGCUUAAAAAAAUAGUUACAAUAUCUACCUUUGUUUUAAUUAUUUGACUUAGCUCUAAAAACUUCAGAAUGUAGGUUCAGCAAUUAAUACUUCAUUUGCAUAAAUAGAUUUAACAUGUGAUUUGAAAAUAUAAAUGACCUAGUCUUGAGAAUACAGGCACUUAAGAGUCUACAAAUCCUUCCAUUCAUGUGAAAUAGAUAACUUAUUGAUGCAUUUGGAUAUUUUAAGUUCAGAUAUUUCUGAUAAUUGAAUAAAUGUGUGUCAAGUGUCAAGUAUUCACAAAAGAAUUCAAGUCCAACUGAAGUGAUCACAUUGUGUUAAAGUUAUUGGUCUUUUUUCUGCUGUGCAGAAUGAACUAUUAUGAGUAGAAUGACCUAUUGUUUCUUUCUACUUAAUAUAUGGUGCAUAUACUUAAAUACUUUAUUGUUAUUGUACAUUUAUAUGGAAUUUUAUUUUAGAUUUGUUGUAUUAUUUCUACUGUUCUGCAUAUUACACACAGAACGUGACACUUUUAUACAAUAAAAUUAGGCUGAUAGGAAUAAAACACAUUCUGACUUGUAGAAAUGUAAAUUUCUAUACCUUAAACUUGUCAAUUUUCAAUUGAAAGGACAUAUCCUGAAUAUUAAUAAACAUCUAUAAAAGGAAGAGUUGUAAUUCUUUUUAAAUCUCAAGUGAAAAUGGAUGUUAUAUCCUCAGAUAGACUUUAGAAGUUUUUAACUGAACUUAUCUUUAGAAAAUUAAAUUGAAGACAAAUCAAAUAUUGAACUGGUCAUUCAAUCAGACAAAAUACUUUUAUAAUAAAACCAUAUGACACCUCAGACUACCUUUUUAGUCUACUUACAGGUACUUUACUAUUGUGAAUGACAUUCAUUCAAGUAUAGAGUUGAUGAAUACAAAUACUUUAUCGUAUUAUUAUUAAUUCUUGCUUCACUUUGUCCCUAGUUUCUACAUGAUAUAAUGUUCCUCAUUUGUUAUUUGUAUAUUUUAUAUGUUAAACUUGUGUGUAAUCAGUACAAGGUAUCAUGUUCUUAAGUAUGUUAGUGUGUAGAUUUGUCGAGCUUGUUAUUGUCCUGUAAAUGAAGAAUCCCUAAGUAUCAAUUAAGAUAGUCAUUAGACUUUCCAUCAACGGGUACACACAGGCAUUACUGAAAUUCAAGUCAAAUUAAAUCAAGGCUUUCCAAAUGAAAGAGUCAAAAUAGAACAAUAGAAAGGUUCUUUUCAUGAACCAUUACCCUUUUAGACCCCUCUCAAGAUAUUCCUAUUCCUUAUAGGACAAGAAUUGAUUUUCAAUGCAGUCCUAAUCUUAGUAAUUUGAACCCUACUAAAAGCCAUCCCUAUUAUCAAGUCACAUGGUUUUUUGUAAAGGAAGUGAGGCUUCUGUUCACAAAGUGGACACUGAUCUUUUCUACAGAGACUAUUUAAGGGCUGACCUUUUUGUUAACAAUCUAUUAUUUGUUUGAUUUAUUGGGCGUUAGGACAUUCCAUGAUUGGUGUAAUUUGUUUGGCUGUUGUUUAUAAAAGAAGCUGUGAUGGUUUUUAAUUACAUUCCAAAAUUUUAUUUUUGUUGACUGAUUUAUAUAUAUAUGUUGACUCAGUCUGAAUGGUGUGAAAGUGAUUAUGAAUGGGACACAUUUAACUUACAAUUUUGUCUUGCCAUAUAAGUUUAUAUAUUAUUGGAAUUAGACAUUAUAUAUAUAUCUGUGAAGAUUUAAAGAAAAUAUAUCACCUUUUAAAACAUUCCUUGUGAGAAAAGAGCUCUUUCACCUUUAACUAUUGUCCAAUUCAGACUUUUUGUAAGAGAUUCAGUCUUAUGGUCAUUGGAAAAGCAAUUUCAAGGGUUUUGAAUGUCCCAAGAGGUUGUUAGAAAUACAAUACAACAUUUGUUAUCCCUUUUAAGUAAAAUGUAUAUAACAUGCAGUUGAUGUGUGUUCUUAAGUCUACUUAAAUAUAUAUAUUAUAUAUAAAACCACAACGCUGAUGUGUAUUGUGUUCUUAAUUUACAGAAUCAUUUGUGUGUAUCGACUUGGCUAGAUGUGUGUGACGUAUUUGAUAUGAAAGUAUUGAUAUAUAUAUAUAUUCCUAUGUUACACCACAGUAGUGGGGUUGUUUAUGUGGUAACUUGUAGGUCAUGGUAAAUAGUUUGCUUCCUUAGAUUACCUAGUCAUUAUUUGUGGGAUAUUUUUACAUGGUAUACAAAUUCUACUGCAAAUAGUUGUGUUCAGACAUUUAAUGGGAAAUUGUUUUAAGCAUUUGAUUUUAUUGUUAUAUUCAUAAAAAUGUUUAAAAUAAAGUCUAUAAUGCACAAUUUUAUUUUUUUUCAACAUUGGAAAAUUGGUGAAAAUGAUUGAUUAUUUGCAGUUGAAAAAUGGAUUGUCCACACAGGAAAUCCAUGUCAAAAAAUGUAUAUAUUUUUUUAUUUUAUGUGGGCAUAUGUUUGUAGAAUACUAUUUCAUUAAAUCAUGCAUGAUAAAUUUUUGUUUGUUUAAAGAAAUGAGCAUUUAAAAUCAUCUUCCACAUGCGAAAGAAGCUAUUCUUUCCAAAUUCUUUCCAAUUGAUAGAAAAUCUGUAUAUUAGACAUCCUUGAAGGAUAUAUGUUUUGAUGACACCUUAUUGGAAAGGACUAUCCAUUCCCGUUCAAGUAUUGUAUACAUUAUGAAAUCCACACAUAUAUAUAUAUUUAUCCUUUAUUAUUUAUUUGAUGCAAAGAGAAAUUAUUGUCAAUGCAAACAGUAUUCACCAUGAAAUAUUGAAUGUAUAGUGUUUUGUUGGAGAGUAUAGACAUACUAGACCCUAAAUAUUAAAUUUAUUGUGUUUUGUUGGAGAAUUCAUGCUGAAAUAUUGAAUUUAUUGUAACACUUUUUGUCAGUGGUAUAUGAUUAAAUUAUAGAUGUGAUUCUGCUGGGGUUGUUUGUCUGGAGCAAGUAAAUUAAUAGUGUUUUUUUCAGAUAAUAGUAACCCUCUGGUUUUAAGGAUGAAGUGCCAUUUACAAAAUUUGCCUGCUAAUGCCUACUUUUCUUUUCAAAACUUUAUUUUUAAAAACAUAACAAUCAGAAAACAAUUUCUUAAAUCUUUUUAAACCAAUAUUGUUUUCCAUAUCUUAUGAAUGAAAAAGAGGUGCCAAUGUUAAAUGAAUGAAAAAUCUAUGAAAUUAUUUCCUGCCAGUUUUUAAAUGGAUUAUUAUAUCUUAAAUUAAAGCACACACCUUUUUAUUAUUUUCUCCUUUUUGGGUAUUUAAAAAACUGGUAAUUCUUCUCAAAAGUUGCAGGAAAAAAUGAAAUAUAUAUGACUUUGGAUGUAUGUUUUACUCAUAUCGGAAGUAGAAAAAGUAAUCACCUUCUAUGCCAAGGAGGGAGUAAAAUGUAUAUUCACAAUCAACUGUUUAUAUAUAUUUGUUAUUUAAACAAUUGUGAUAUUUAGUUAGUAUAUAAGUGGUUAUACAAAAGAUAACUGUUUUUGAAAGAGCUUAUAAGUUACAAUUUGUUUUGUUUGUACUUAAUGCAUUCCGUUGAUGAAAUAAUUAAAAAAAAGAAAUGGUUUAAAAGAAUUUUGAUUUACUGAUAAACUAUAUUUUGUGAUGUUCACGAAAUAGAACUUUGACUUUUUAUUAUAGAAUCUAUUUAUUCUCAAACUGACCUACAAUCAGUAGUUUCUGUUUUAACUAUUAUUGCAUUCAUUGCGAAUUUGUAAAUACAAAAGAGACCAAUAAACCAGAAUAAUGAAAUGUUGCUAUCUAAGGAUUAGAGGCAGCAGACUGAAAUUCAUACUCUCAAAAACAAGCAUUAAUUCUAGGACCUUUUAUUUAAUUUCAAAUUUUUAUCCAGAUGUCAUGUAAUAUCCUACACAAAGUAAAUAUAUUGAAUAUUGUUUUUGAUACUUAUAUAAGGAGUGAAUUUAUUAAACAGUACAAUUUAUUCAACGUGGAAAUAUGUGAAAUUUAUUUGUAAAGCCAGAGAACUAGGAAGUAACUGGACGAGACUUUGUUUUCCUCUUGUUUAUAAAGCACAUACAUAUAAAUGUUUUAUUUUUGAAAUUAUACUUGAUCAACAUAAUUGACACAAUAUGAGUAUGCUACAAUAGUUUUUCAUAAUUGUAAGAUUAAUUAUUCGUUAUGAUAGAUGAUUGAUGAAAAGUGUGAAUAUGUCUGAAUGUGAUAAAAGUGUAUAUUGAUAAAACUGAUCUGUGCCUUCAAAAUAAAAAUAUACACAAUUCAA